UCUUUUUGGUUUUUUUUUUUUUUUUCCUACUGUUUCUGCCUACUCUCAAGGGGAUAGGGACAGAUUAGGCUGCAUGUUCUCAGAUCCUUUUUAAUUAUUUCUGCACUAAGAGAAAUACAUGGUUCCUGCUACCUCCGCCAGGUGUGCCCUUGGUGAAGUACCCCGGUAUACCUACCUACUCUAGCCCUAAGAACAUUUGCCUAGAGUGGUAAUCCCAAGGAGCAAGAAAAAGAAGAAUAGAAUUUAGGUAUUAGAGACUAUCUCAAAGUGAUAAAGUAGAGUUUUUAAAUUCACUAAAGGGAUGCCCUCCGCUACAUUUUUUACUAACUUGGUAAAUACACCCUCAUAUGCAUAAAUGUAGCCAGUUCAGCCCACGGGUUCCUAUGAGCGAGACUCCUGUAGGCUGGGCUCCUUCAUUCGUGUACACAUGUACAGCAUCCCAGUAGGUCUAGCACAAGAGAAUCCUGACUGCAUGCAGCAGCAGAAAUGUGAGACUGCGGGCCACAGAAUUCUUAUUUGCAGUGGCAUCACUAGAUGUCUGCCAUGUGAACACAUGUAUGUGGGUAAAGAUGUGUGCUCAUUGAAGCACCAAGGAUUGGUGUGCAAGUGUAACUACUCUGUCCCAGCUCCCAGACACCUGUUUUCCUUGGCCAACCUUGGCCACAGUUCCAAAUUCCUAUUCUAACAGGAAACUGUCCAGGAAGUGGGGGAUGCACUGAAAUACUUGUGCGUUCUCUUUCCCUAAACAGUCCACACAUACCCAUCUCAAGCAUGUGAUCAGAAAGUAGUUUUUUCUCUUUUUCCUGCUAGUGCUCUGAUACCAGAGAGUAGUGUUGCCUUCUAAGUCAUUAACUUUAAAAAUACUGAUCUCCCUAGGACGGAUUGAGAAGGCAUUCGUGUACCUGGGUUGCCUCUCUAAAACCAGCUGUAUUUUACUAUAACUUAUAUCCAUCAAGGAAAAUACACUGCCUCAUCAAUCAUCAGAAGCUUAUUUACAAGAACCCUUUCUCAAUCUAUAUGCAUUUAUUGACCUUGAGAAACUUCACAACUUUUCAAUUGCUAGUUAUUUUUCAUGAAUUUGCUUGCAGUCCUUGUGCAGGGGCUAUGCUAAUUGUCUCCGUGUUGUUCCAAUUUUCGUGUAUGCGCUGCUGAAACGAGUGAUAUUGGGCCUUUUUUGAUUCAUGGUUAAAAUGUCCUGAGCAUUCUUUUAAGUUACGGUCAUAAUUAUGCUCUGAAAAUGGCUGAUUGGUUUGUCUCAUCCUCUAAAAAAUAAGUUAUCUGAAUAGAACUUGAUGGUAUUUAAGCGUUUUUGUAUAUGUCGUAUUUGACCUUCACAGUAGUUGAAUGAGUCAGAUAAGAGAGGUGUUAGCCCCAUAAUCAUUAAGUGACUUGUGCAUGAUCACACAGUAAAGAGCUCCAUAGCUACAUGCUGGAACCUGAAUUGAGGCCUCCUGAUUGUAAAUUGUUACCCUUUCACCAUCAAGGAACCUUAGAAGAAAAGGAUUUUAAAGUGCUUUUGGUGGUUCCGUACAAGUUAGUGGUGGAGUCUCCUUAUCUGUCAGGGCAAAUGAUUUAAUCUCUGUAUACCUUAGUAGCCUCAUCUGCAAAACAGGGAUAAGUACUUAUUUCAUAAAGUUGUCUUGAUGAUUGAAGGAGAUAUUACCUGUAUAUAUGCACAGCACUCGAUCCAUAGUAAAAUAAAUGGUAGCUGCUAUUUAUAUUUGAAUUUGAAGUCCGGUGAGUUGACCAAGUCCAUAUUCCCAAAGUGUGUUUGGUGCUCUGGGAGUAGAGGUUCUGCUGUCCUAUAAGGCUGCUUGCAAAAUGCUUUUCCCUGGAGUUCCUUUUCCCAAAGCGAAUACUAACAUAGAAGUAAACCUAUUUAACUGUUUAAUCAGAUAUUUGUUAAACUUGAGCACAAUUAAAAUACCUAUUAACUUUCCAUAUUACAGUUAGUAAAUACUGGACUAAUAACCUUUGCUCUAGACUCACUGUGUACAUUGAAAGGGCUUAGCCAGAAGCUGCAGUUUAGAUCACCUACCGCCCAGCCCCCCAUGAAUCUAUCCUUCCCUGAAAGACACAAGUGCAAGUGAAGCCAAUUGUUUUGAGGGGAGAGUACACCAGACUUGCCACCAGGUGGUGCUGUUGUAUAAAAUAAAAGUUGAUUACGUAUUGCGGUGUAUUCAUAUUUAAGUGGAAGAUGGUCAAAGUGUUCGAUGACACACAUCAGAAGUCACGUUACCAUUCACUAAAGUUGUCUGAAGGAUUUUUUCAGUUCUCUUCUUCGCUUUAUUUUUAGUUAAAGGAACCCCUUUGAACUUUGGAAUGUAAAACAGCCAAAGCAAGAAAAAAGUAAAAGAAUUCCUUCAUGUUUAAGAAAUAUACAGAGUAGAGAAACCCAGGUUAGCAUAGUGGUCAAGAGUGUGGGCUCUGCAGUACAUAUAUGUCUUAGGUUCAAAUCCUAGCUCUGAUUUACUAGCUACAUGAUCUUAAGCACAGUUAGGAUGCCUGUUAAUUUUCCAUACUGUGGUAUGGAUCACCAUUGGUGAUCUGAAGUCACCUGAUCGCAUAUGUACAAUAUCACUAACAAAACUUAGACCUUAUGGGGUUGUUAGAAUAAAACGAGAAGACGUGGCUAAUGCACUUAGAAAUUUUCCUGGCACACAGUGAUAAGUAUUUGCUAUCAUUAUUAAUAUCCUAAAUCUUUUUCCCCUCCUCUCUCUCUCCAGUUUGUUUUCAGUUGCUUUUUAAAGACAGAAAGCUCAUGGUACAAAUUGUUAUUUCCAGGGAAUCCCUGUGCUGAUCGUGGGACAUCAUAUCCUGUAUGGGAAAAUCAUCCACCUGGAGAAACCUUUUGCUGUCCUUGUCAAACACACACCUGGGGAGCAGGACUGUGAUGAGCUUGGCUGCGAGACUGGCACCCGGUACCUGGUGACAGCACUCAUCAAAAACAAGAUCCUUUUCAAAACCCGCCCCAAGCCCAUUAUCACCAACGUCCCCAAGAAAGUAUGAAAGAACCCCGGAUUUUCCCUAGAGAGCGGCCAACUCCUUGGGCUCGUGCUCCACUGCCACCCCGAGGUCGGCUCGACAGUUCCCUGGGACCACAAGGGGGUCCUGUUCUGAACACAGGCCACCCACUGGGCGUGAACUCGGAUCCCUUCCUUAUGGCAGCUGGUUCUCUUGGCGGAAAUAUGGCCCCAUUUCCAAGGAAUCCAUCUCCUUUUCCAACUCCAUCAGGUUCAUUGGCUUCAAAUCCAGCGCCCUUCCCUGCUGGUGCUCGUGACCCAAGUAUGGCUUCUUUUCCAAGAGGGAUGAAUCCUACUGGCACAGGCACAGUUUCUUUCCCAAGGCCAGGUGGCCUCUUGGGCCCAGGCCCAGGCCCAGGCCCAGGCCCAGCUCUAAAUUCUAGAGCAGGGGCUCUUCCAGGCCCGGGGCCUCUGUCUAACCCAAGGUUAGGAGGUCUCCCGGGUGCAGGGCCUAUGUCCAAUCCAAGGACAGGUGGCCUUCUGGGAGCAGGUCCUGACCCUAGAAGUGGGGGCCCCAUGGGCCCUGGAUCUGGACCCAACUUGAGAACAGGUGUCCUUUUGACCUCUGGGAAUGGUCCUGCCAAUCCUAGGCCAGUUGGCCUUGGCCCAGGACCAAGUCCCAGUUUGAGAUCAGGCUUCUUAGGUACAAAUCCUGCUCCCAGGUCAGGUAUGUUUCAAGGCCCAGGCCUUGGGCCCACCCCAAGAGCAAGUGGCCUGGGCCCAGGCCUUGGGCCCAGCCCAAGGGUGAGUGGCCUGGGUCUAGGCCCUAAUCUGGAUGCCAGAGCAGGUGGUGGUCUCUUGGGCACAGGAUCUGGUCUUAACUUAAGAAUGGCUCGACCUCAAGGCCUAGAUCUUGCCCCCAUUCUAAGAGCAGCAGGCCUUUUAGGAGCAAAUUCGGCUUCUUUCUCACAGGCUUCUGGUAACAUGGGCACAAGCCCAUCUUCCAUGGCAAGAGUACCUGGCCCCAUAGGCCCAAACUCGGGUCCUGGUUCUCGGGGAAUUGGAUUUUCAGGGCCAAAUCCAUCUCCCAUGUCACGGGCUCCUGGCCCCAUGGGCCCUAAUUCAACUCCUUUCUCAAGGCCGACUGGCCCUAUAGGGAUAAAUGCCAGUCCGUUCCCAAGGGGAACAGGUUCAGGGGGACUGAACCCAACUGCCUUCCCUCAGUCUUCUGGCUCAUUGGCUUCAAACCCUACUACCUUUCAAAGGUCUGCUGGCCUCCAGGGCUCAAAUCCAGCAAUUUUCCCAAGAGCCUCUGUGCCAUUAGGUCCCAACCCAGCUAACUUUCCAAGGGCCACUGGCCUGCAGGGUCCAAGUCCAGCUACCUUUCCAAGGUCUACUGGCCCAUUAGGCCCUGGUCAAGUUGCUUUUCCCAGGUCAGCUGCUGGGCCCCUGGGCACUUCUCCAGCAGGCCCUGUGGGUAUCAACCCAGCUCCUUUUGCAAGGCCAACUGGGACCCUGGGUCUAAACCCAGCUUCCUUUCCAAGGAUGAAUGGCCCUGCAGGCAAGAGUUUGGUCCCAUUUCCUAGAGUGGGGAGCCUCCCUGGCACAAACACAGCUGCUUUCCCCAGACCAGGGGGUCCAAUAGCUGCAAUGUACCCAAAUGGAAUGUUACCCCCUUAAACAACAUUUUUCCUCCAGGACCGCCUUGGUGUCCAGGCACUGUGGUUCUGGGCAGGGGCUGUGGUUUAAGUAAAAGGGUAGAUACGGAGCUGUGAUCUGAAGUACGUAGGUGGGGCUCAAGUUCAAAUGAGCCAUAUUUUUCAAAUUCUGCUUCUUCCUUCACUGAAGGUGAAAUGUUAUUUGUGGGACAUGGACUUUGGCGGGUGGGAAUGAUCCUGGCUUUAAGAGAUAGGAUCUCCAGCCUUGCGGAAGCCUGCUGUGCUUUUGUCCCAUGGCUUUCUGCCCCUUGUUUCUUACUAGUUUUGUGAAUUAUUCUUGUGGACUUUUCCUCAGGGAUGCAUUGGCCUGCAAGUCCCAAUUCAUAUAUAUUGCCC